CCCCUAUAAAUCCCAUUCUCCAAUCCAGAAAGUUAACUCCACUCCAAGUGGCACUCAUUUCAAAAGCCAUUCAAAAGAAAUGCAGAGAAAAUGGUCCAGGAACCAAUAUAGACUUAGAAAUUAAUUAUUGGAGAUCUGCAAACACUAGCUGA